ACGAAGCGCUGCGGGACCCGUAUACAUACAUCGUCUGUCUGCUGUUUUUUCUUGUUUGAUGAGACAACGACACGACAAGUCGUGUAUGAAAUUUUGAAAUUUCCAAGUUUUUGAAUUUCGUUUGAAAUGCUUGAGAAUACAAAUUAGCGCCCACCUACUUUGUAGUUAAAGAACAAGAACUUGUGCGAGAUCCGCUGCUUCCGCUGCAACCGGACCAACACCGAGAAGCUGAAGUUGUCCUGGUGUGAUGACCACAAGGCCAAGAAUGUUGCCCAGACCAUCACCUGCAUGUGGACCAUCGGUGGCUGCCCGAAAAAGAUCACCGAACAGUUUUUCAACAAGAUUAACGAGGAGCUGUCGGUGCCCAUCGAGGAACUCACCAUCAAGGUCGUGAAGAUGCCCGUUUUGUCGAACGUGAUGUGAACGCGCCGAACUUUGCUCAGCAGUAGUAGACUCCGAGUCUUUACUUCUUUGCACAGUUCGGCUUUUGUCAAAAUCAUUAUCGUUUCAUUUUUAUUUGUUAAAAAUAACAGUUUUAUACACAACAUUAGAAAGUUGUUUCUGCUUCAUGCAGAGUUUAGAUGAGCCCAGCACAAGAGUCAUUUCGAAAAAAAUUAAAAAAUAUAUCGUAUUCUACAUGGAAUUCUAGGAUUUUUGUGUUUCUUUUCUGCAAAGAAAACGAAAUAGAAAUCAGCACUACAUGGCAAGAUUUAAAAUUUAAGAUGGAAUAAUAAAAGGAUCUACAUGAUAUUUGUUUCUUUGAUGAAAGAAGAAAAACAGCAUGGUACGUUCAUGAAACAUGAAACGAUGAAACUCUUUGGCAGACUAGUCGGGAAUGGUAGGCCUCCUGCUUCUCGAUCAUCGUCUCCAAAUCAUAAAUUUUACAUCGGUAUUAUUGAAUUAGAAUCCAAAGACUACCUGCUAUACCUUCGCCUUGAUCAAAGCUGCAAUAUUGUUCGCAAAAUUGUCACUGCUCGUUUUCCGCAAGCACUUUUCGCACCACUCCUGGGGCCGUGGGUUCGGUACGUCCGGAUGGUCAGGAUAUACGUUCAAAGUUCCGCAUACGUCGUGAGAAGACCUGAAAAAAAAUUGACAUACGUUAUUUCGCAUCGAUAA